AUGGCGCGCUCAAGUCAAAACAAGCGUCGACGACUGACCGACCGCACUACCAAUAUCCAGUCGCAAGUUCCCUCAUCGCAAGGUGGCAAUGAUAAAAGAUACUAUGACCCCGACCAAGAUGCUGGCGAACGACGGCAGAUUCGGAGAGGACUGAGAGAUCUGACCAGGGAACUGAAUGGAAACGAUGGGCUAUACAAAACCGUUGAGAAAGCCAACGAGAUCUUCGUCCAAGUCAAGCAGACGUCCGACGCCACCAUUGAUUCACGCCUCCUCGUCAGUGCCGCCGAUCUUUCGCAUAAGAAAACCUCCCAGCUCGCACUCGGGGAGUCUACUGCAGGAAUCGACGUCGAUGAAUUUGUUUCAAAGUGUAUUUCGUUCAUGCGUGACGGCCCAGAAAGUACCACAGCCUCGCCCAACGGGACUCAACGUCGAUCGCGUGUCUCCAGAACCCAGCGAGAAGCCAAUGAUAGUGAUGAUGAGGAUGUGGGCGACGCAAUGAACUGGGACUGGCUGGGUCGAACUGCGUGCUUCCCGUAUAAUGCUCGGCCCGCUGUAUCUGGAUGGUUAUUGGGGCCACUGUCGCUUCAAAAGCGCGCGCGGCAGCAGAUACAGCGGAGAGAGGCGGAGCGAAUUGAUCCAUCACUAGCAGUGCAGCCUCAAGAUCUUGAACAGCAGGACCUCGACCAGCAGGAGAACUCGAAUCUCACCGUGAUGUGCUCCGAAAUUAACAGGAAUCUUGCGGAUACCCAGAAAACGAGCCAAGAGAUGGUGGAAGAGAGACUAUCCCAGGAAGAGGACCCCAGUCCGGACAGGGUGCAAGAAGUGAUGGACCAAUACAAUAUUGCUGACGAUGGCGGAAUUCCUCUGUUCCGUUUCUGCAUCAAUCCCCGCUCCUUUGGACAGAGUGUGGAGAAUAUGUUCUACGUCAGCUUCUUGGUUCGCGACGGAACUGUCGGGGUUUCUGUGGAUAGCCGCCAGCUGCCAACGCUUCAUGCCUCGGCGCCAUACGCGCCUAGUGAAGCGCAGAAAAAGGGCAUUCAGAAACACCAGGCCGUUUUUAGUCUGGAUUUUGAGACAUGGGAGCAACUGAUCGAAGUCUUUGAAAUUGAAGAGUCGAUCAUUCCCCAUCGCGAGGAAACCAUGGGGGAAACUCGUCGGGGCUGGCAUGGUUAG